GCCGCCACCAUCUACAUCGACCAAUUGCGGUAGUGAUAGAUUUAAAGUAGUGGUAGAACAAUAUAAAAAAUGCGAAAAAUUCGUCAUCGAUUUCUACUACUUGAAAGUGAAAGAUCCACCUAACCUGUUGUUAUCAUGCUCAGUAUACCUCUUAUUUCUAGAGGUGGCUAUCUUGCGUAGCUUGUUGCUACAUAACCUCAAUUUCGGACUUUGACAGUUCUCUUCACUAUAAUACGACAUUUUUCAAUCAUAACAGUAAUAACUCAGCUUGCAGCUUCGAUUUCUCGAUUGCAAAUGUAUAUCCAAUGAGUCGGCGCGAAAUAACCUGAAAUUAUGGCGGAGGAUCACGUUGCAACGCCUAAAUCGAAGAUCGAACGUACAAAGGUUAGUAACGAGGAUAGAGAGGUGGACAUUAGCCGUUACUUCAACGACGCGCCGCCGACGAUCUUCGACGAGAUCGUUGCACCCAAGAAGCCCGAUUACUUCAACGUGCAGUCGGCCUCGGUGAGUCGCGUUUCAGAUUACGCUUCCUUGCCCGACGGUGCGUCGAACAUCCCUUUCUUUAACUCGGACGCCCUGCGAGCGUCCGCCACUUCUACGCUGCUCGAGCCCGUCGAACGAGCUAUCGAGCAUAGCGCGUCGAGUGACACGCAUCGCGAUGCCUGGGUACCAUCGGAGCAUACGCGAAAGAUCCUGCGAUCCAUCGCGACCACCGCCGCCAGUAGCAACCAUCUGGAGCGCGAGAAUCUCACUAUGCCGGGGUUGGCAGUGCACGGCGACAUGCCCGACCCCAUCAAGAACGCGUCCAUCCAUUUGCUUGGCGAGGACGAGAACAUCCAUAGAAACGUGCUUACCGCGUCCGACGUAACGCAGGACGAGCGUGGCUUGAGAAACUUGAUUCAAGCCGGCUGCUAUCACGCAGCUGUCAACCUAUCCGGCAGGUUGCUAGCCAUCUAUGCUCAAGGCUACGGCAAGAUCAACCAACCCAGCAAACACACUCCUCACUCGCUGCAACUCUGGUACACAAGACUGUCGCUGUUGGCCAAACUUAGGCAGCUGGAAGUGCUGGAGAACGAGUCCCAGCCGUUUGGCAAUCUAGAUAAACCCGACAUGUACUUUAGGUUUUAUCCGGAGUUAUAUGGCACGAGAUCAGGCUCGAUGGCAUCGUUCGCGUUUCGACUGCUGCUUGCCGAGAUCCCGUCUUACUGCGGUAAACCCAAACAGGCGUUAGACAAUUUGUAUAGGCUCCUCGUAACCGUCAAUCAGAUUAUGGCGAACCUUCAGGCCGGUCUACACGGCGAAGGGACGCGGACGGUCACAAAGAUCAGUGAGUCUGAGCAACGAGAUGCCGUGCGACUGUGGACCGCCAGGAAGUCCAGAAUCCUCGUUUCCAUCGUCAACUGCGCGGUCGGCAUGAAGAACUACAUUCUCGCGAUAGAAAUCUUAGAGGAUCUAUGCAGGUUACCUGACUGGAGCGCAGAGCAGAUGGGAAUUCUAUGGUCGGCUAUAGGAAGAGUGCACUUGUUUCUCGGGGACGUCUCCGCGGCGGAGAAGUAUCUCGUUCGUGAUGGGAAAGAAGAGAAGACGUCGAGCGUCCGGGAGCUGGUGGACAGCGGACUGAUGGCGGUCGCGCAGAACGCUUUCCAAGAGGCCUACAGUUGCUUUCAGUCCGCCUCGGCGAUGGAUCCGUCCAGUGUGAUGUUGAUUAAUAACAUGGCCGUGUGUCUGCUCUACACCGGCCAAUUGAAGGCCGCCGUGCGAUUAUACGAGAGUCUCGUCAGUAGGAAUCCCCUCAAAAGUCUGCAGGAGCCGAUCCUAUUGAACAUGUGCACGUCCUACGAGUUGCACACUACGCACUGCAAGCAGACUAAGCUGCACCUGCUGCGCCAACUAAACAGAUAUAAGGGUGACGCGGCGGAUAUUCAGUGUCUGAAACUAGCAAUGUGAUGUUAGCACUGUGUACAAUUGUUACUUGUUAAUGUUAACAACUUGGAACGCGAGUUCCUGAUUGUAAUAUGUUGUAGCUAAAUUCGCGCGGUAAGGUGAAUCGUCCUCGCCACCGCACACACAUACACACUGAGCAGUUGAUUUCGAUGGCAUUACGCUGAGUUAUUUAUUGCUUAGUUUUCUUUCUUCUCCGUUUGAUGCGACCGCGCACGAGCUCGAGUCGCAAAGCGUUCAGCCUCAGGGAAGGUGUAAUCGUUGUGAUAUAUUGAGAGAGAAUAAAAGUAUAAUGUUCAGUUACACGAA